AUGGCGUCCGCGGUGCUCGCCGUCUGCUGGGUCCGCGCCGCCGCAGCCCUGCUCUUGGGGUGCUGCGGUGCAGCGCUGGCCAGCGGCGUCCAGGAUCAAGCAGAACAGUUCUUUAGAAGUGGACAUACAAAUAACUGGGCAGUUUUGGUGUGUACAUCUCGAUUCUGGUUUAAUUAUCGUCAUGUGGCAAAUACUCUUUCAGUAUACAGAAGUGUCAAGAGACUGGGCAUUCCUGAUAGUCACAUUGUCCUGAUGCUGGCAGAUGAUAUGGCAUGUAAUCCUAGAAAUCCCAAACCAGCUACUGUGUUUAGUCAUAAAAACAUGGAGCUAAAUGUCUAUGGAGAUGAUGUGGAAGUGGAUUACAGAAGCUAUGAGGUUACUGUUGAAAAUUUCUUACGUGUAUUAACAGGAAGAAUCCCACCAAGCACACCGCGAUCUAAACGUCUUCUUUCUGAUGACAGAAGCAAUAUUCUAAUAUAUAUGACAGGCCAUGGUGGAAAUGGUUUCCUAAAAUUUCAAGAUUCUGAAGAAAUCACAAAUGUAGAACUUGCUGAUGCCUUUGAACAAAUGUGGCAGAAAAGAAGGUACAAUGAAUUGUUGUUUAUUAUUGAUACUUGUCAAGGAGCAUCCAUGUAUGAACGAUUUUAUUCACCUAAUAUAAUGGCCUUGGCUAGCAGCCAAGUAGGAGAAGAUUCUUUAUCACAUCAACCUGAUCUUGGGAUUGGCGUUCAUCUUAUGGACAGAUACACAUUCUAUGUGCUAGAGUUCUUGGAAGAAAUUCAUCCAGCCAGUCAGACAAAUAUGAAUGACCUAUUUCAGGUCUGUCCAAAAAGUUUGUGCGUUUCCACACCUGGACACCGAACUGAUCUCUUUCAGCGAGACCCUCAAAAUGUUCUGAUAACAGACUUCUUUGGCAGUGUGAGAAAGGUGGAAAUUACAACAGAGACAAUUUCUUUGGACCGUGACUUAGCUGGUUUUGAAAGCAAGCUUCCAAAGGAUGAGUUGGCAACAGAACCACUAAAAUAUGCUGAACAACUUCCUGUAGCUCAGAUAAUACACCAGAAACCAAAACAAAAGGACUGGCAUCCUCCUGGAGGAUUUAUUUUAGGACUCUGGGCGUUAAUCAUCAUGGUUUUCUUCAAAACAUAUGGAAUCAAGCACAUGAAACACAUCUUCUGAAUUCGAGCAAGCAAGAUGAUUGCAUUGACUGCUACUUUGGAUUCAUUGGUGUCAUCUGAGUUUGCUGUAUGUGUACUAUGGUUGUAGUGAAAAACUGUUGAGAUCUCGCUGCUAAAGGUUCUUUUGAAGUCAUCUCCUCUGCCCCUUUUUCUGAAAAGAGUCUACCAAAUGGUUUUAAUGUUAGACUUUUUUUUUUUUACUUUGUAUUGUUUUAAACAAAUUUUAAUGCUUUUCUGAGCAUUUUUUCUUUCUGGUUAAAAAAGAGGAGGGACCUAAACACAGUAACAGAUUUUCUGAGGUUGAUAGUGAAUUGUAAAUGGACAAAUUCUUUCCCCCGUACUUCAAAGUAAAUCUUAGUAGUAGUCAACCUAUCGCUAAAGAACUAGACAUCGUGCAGGACAUUAUUUAAGAUGUCAUUUUAUCAAUAAAAACUUAAGCCACUUUGCAGACUUUGGCAUGACGUAUUGAAAGCUUUCUUCACAAAAAUACUCUACAAUAUAUUGAUUAUUUUUUUUCUUAUUCUUUUUUCUUCCCUGUUAAAUACAACUCUUAGAUCAGUCAUUUCACCUUAGGCAGUUUUGAGUCUAGGAUUCCAUGAGUUGGUGAAACAAAAAUAUACGAUGACAUCACUGAAUCUACUUCAAAAAAUGCCAAAAAAAGUAAAACUACAACUUCACUAUGUCCAUUAGGAACCCUUCAUAGGUGUUGUAUUUUCACUCCAGACAAUAUGGAGUUGGAUGCUUUCAGGAUUUUCAGUGCACUGGAUUUUUGCACAGAAGAAAAUAGACUCUCGCAUCAGGAUGAAAAAUAUGAUAAAUUGUACUAUUGUAUUCUGUAGUUUCUGAGCCCUUGGAAAAUGAGCUUUAUCACCUAGGUUUUGUAAAUUCUGUUUUGGCAUAUUGAUUUGUUCUUCUUGGACACUUACUGAUGAAUGUAUGCUAAAAGGGUUUUGUCUGUAUAAUGUAAUGAUAUUAGUGAAGAGUAGAGCAAAUUUGUGCAUGUAUAGAAACGAGUCUGUCAGCAAGGAGAAGCUUUUGCAGUAUGCUUUUGGAACCUGUUCUCUAGCUUAAUCAUAAUAAAGCUUACAUGAUGCAUACAUGGUGUAAAUGCUAGAUACGCAUCUCUAAAAGUUGUUAGGAAUUAUUUGUAAAUACACAUAAUAUCAGAGCCAAUACAUUUUUCUUAGAAUAUGGUAUUGAGCAUUUUCAUA